AUGUCCUUCAAACGUCUUAUCAGAUUCGUCUCCACCGACAGCAAGGUGUACUUUGGCGAUGCCAUCGUGCCUUCCACCACCACCCCGGAAACUUUCGACCCCAGAUUCACCAAGGAGGCCCACGUUAUUGUCGGCGAUGUGUUUUCUUCGUCCUACACCAUCACCAACCAGAUCAAACCAGUGGCCCAAUUGCUUUGUCCCAUCGCCCCAUCUCAAUUGGGAACCGUCCGUCUAAUUGGCCUCAAUUACUCCAAACACGCCGCGGAACUUGGGUCUCCUAAACCAAAGUUCCCAGUAGGGUUUUACAAGCCUGCCACCGCCGCUGCCGGGCCAAAUGACUCAAUUAUCGUGCCUCGUUUUGCCCAGGUGGUGGGCAACCCAAAUGAUCCAAAAGAUACCAAGCCGCAAGUCGAUUACGAAACCGAAUUGGUGGUGGUCAUUGGGAAAGCCGGGACCAAUAUCCCAAAGGACAAAGUUUCCGAAUAUAUCCUCGGGUACUCUGUAGGGAACGACGUUUCUCAAAGAACCUGGCAGAUUGCUAGAGGCGGGUCGCAGUUCACUACCGGGAAAAUGUUCGAUACUUGGGCGCCAUUUGGCCCAGCGAUCGUGUCGCCAUCGGUAGUGGGUAACCCCAACGAUUUGCAAAUCUCGUCGUACGUCAACGGAGAGCUUCGUCAAGAUAGUACUACCGGGGACAUGAUCUUUGACGUUGUCGAGCUAGUGCAUUUCUUGAGUCAAGGCACUACUUUGAUGCCGGGGGAUAUCAUUUGGACCGGGACCCCUGGUGGGGUGGCUGCGGGAAUGAAAGAUCCAAAAUGGCUACAAGAUGGCGACGUUUGUGUUUGUAAGUUGGAGAAAGUGGGUACUGUGCAAAAUAAAGUGGUUUUUGAGAAAGACGGGUUCAGGGAUUGGAAGUUAUGA